ACUGAACAAAAGUCAAAGUGGCAAUGACUGGACUGGAGGAGGACAGUAGCAGAAGUUCUUAUGGCAGAUGGUAAACACUUGCUGUCAUCUCUACGACCGCGAUUGGCCGCAAUAGACGUGUUUUAAUCACUGUGUGACACGAUUCGUUGUAGGCCACAUGUAUUAAUCUCAUAAAACUUGCGGCAACCACUUGAAUUCAGCUGCCAGGAGCGCAAACGUUAGAAAAGGUCGGUGAUAUGUUAUAUCGCGAGGAUAGCUUAGUUCUACAAGUAAAGAGAAGUGGUUGUCUCGGUCAGUUUGGCCAGACGGCGCUAUCUUUUAAUCUGAUUUCCCAGCAAGACUUGCUAGAUAUUCAUGUCACCAAACCUUCACCUGAAAUCUAGAUUUCCCCAUAUGAUGACCAGGAUCAACUCCAGCGGAAACUGCUGUCCUAUUUUAAUAGCUAGCUAACGUUAGCCACUCACCCGUCGAACCAACGUACUAACGUUAGCUAGCUACUUCCCCCAUCUGCAACCCGUUAGCUAUCCGAGCUAGCUACGUGAAAUGAGACUAUUACAAGCGAUCAAUGUCUGGAUUGUUCUGAUGUAUGAGGACAGAAGCAUCGCACUGUAAGAUCUCUGUGAAGGAGAUCAACUUCUGGAGAAGGUAUGGACGAGCAGAAAUCAAACUGCGAAGAGAAUGAUUCUGAAACGGCAGCUGAUGAUGGUGCCCCCUCGAACCCAAGCGUCCUGUCAGAGGGGGAGACCCGAGUCCCUCUCACCACAGGGGACACCUCAGACACUACUGUGGAGAUCUCCAGCACAAUUGUGGAGGGCUUCAAAGCCUGCGCUCUGUGCAACUGUGUGGAGCGUAGCCUGCACGGCCAGCGAGAGCUGCGUCGGUUUGGGCCCUCCCCCGACCGGCCCCCCUUGGAGCUCCCCGAGGCCGCGCCACUGGAGGCCGGCAACGACGACCUGUCCUCCAUCGGCUUCUCCGACUCCAGCUGUCUGGCCGCGUUGUUCGACGACACGGGGAGCUGCUGGGUGCACCACUGGUGUGCGGUGUGGUCUGAUGGCGUGAAGCAGGCGGAGGAGAGUGAGGAGCACGAGCUGGAGAACGUGGACAAGGCAGUCAUCUCAGGGAUUCAACAGCUGUGUGACUAUUGCAAGAGGCUGGGGGCCUCCAUCCGGUGCCAGGCGGAGGGCUGUGGGCGCUUCUACCACUUCCCCUGCUCGGCGGCCAGCGGCUCCUUCCAGUCCAUGAAGUUCCUGACCCUCCUCUGUCCAGAGCACAUAGACAAGGCAGAGGAGAUCGCGGGCGAGGAGGCGCGGUGUGCGGUGUGUGACUCUGCGGGGGAGCUGUCGGAGCUGCUGUUCUGCACCGGCUGUGGGCAGCACUACCAUGCCUCCUGCUUGGAGAUCAGCGCCACGCCACUGCAGCGCUCAGGCUGGCAGUGUCCAGAGUGUAAGGUGUGCCAGAACUGUAGGCAACCGGGAGAUGACUCCAAGAUGCUGGUGUGUGAGGAGUGUGACAAGGGCUACCACACCUUCUGUCUGCAGCCAGCCAUGGACUCCGUACCCCCAGACUCCUGGAAGUGUCGGAGGUGUCGUCUGUGCAGUGACUGUGGCGUAAGUGGUCUGAGCGUGCCAGCGGAAGCCCAGUGGUUCGAGAGCUACGCCGUGUGUGACGUCUGCCAGCAGCGCCGCCUCACCGUCUGCGGGGUGUGCAGCAAGAGCAGCGAGCCUCCAGACACCCUGCCACACCGCUGCCGCACCUGCCACAGGUGGGUGCACGGGGAGUGUGCGGUGAUCGGCUCCUCGGAGGAGAAGACGGUGUGUGUGCUGUGUGGAGUUGCUCCUCCUGAGGCCCCCACAGAAGUGCCCGCUCCAGUCGCACAGGAGGAGAAGACUGAGGAGGAGGUGCCCAUGGAGCUGGGCACAGAGGUUGAGGAGGUGGUGGGAGCUACUGAGGUGGAGGAGGUGAUCAUGGAGGAGCAGCAGCCGCAGGAGGAGGAGGUGGUGCCACCUCUGACAGAGGAGGUCACGGUCACGGAGGUGCCCUGUGAGGUGACCGUGGACACUGAGGAGGUCCCACCACCGCCACAGUCUCCUAUGGAAAGGGACACUGCUGCAGAACCCCCUGUGGAAGACCAACAACACACCACUGAGGGUUCUGUGGAGAAGGAGCAGUUACCCACUGAGCCUCCCAAAAAGGAGGAGGAGGAGGGUGGCGUCCUCCCAGCAGAGGAGGCCUCAGUCAGCGAGGAGCUCCAGCAGCAGCAGCAGCAGCAGGAGGAGGAGGGGGUGAAGGAGGGAGGUGAAGCCCCCUCUGAGGCUCCUGUCAACGGGGAGGCCACUGCUGAUGCUGCACCUGCUCUGGAGAGUGAGGCUCCAAUGGAAGAGGAGCAGCCAGUUACGACAGACGAGACGUCCGUUAACGCUGAGGCUUCAGGAGGAAGUGGAAGCGUUGAACAGGAAGCCGCUUGCCUAACUGCUGCCAGCAGCCUCGGAGGAGGAGGAGGAGGAGAGCAGCAGCAGCAGCAGCAGGAGGAGGAGGAGGAGGAGGAGGAGGAGGACAAGAGCAGACACAUGGAGGAGGCAGAGGCAGCGUGCCAGCCCAUCCGGCCGAGCACAGAGAGCCAUGUGGCAGACAGCACAGCCCGAGCACAGAGUGAGACGGAGAGCCAGAGCGUGACAGUGCAGGGAGAGGAGCACAAACGGCAACAGGAGCAGCAGCAGCACUUGCAGCCUGAGGAGCAGAAGGAGCAACAGAAGGAGGAGGAGGAGGUGAAGCCUAUGGUGCCAGACACUGAGGAGGCCACCAAGGAGGAAACCUCUGACAGCACGACUGUUGCUGCAUCUGCUGUUUCUGUUGCUGAAGCUUCCAGUCAGUCUCCUCCUCGCCCACAGACUCCUCCCACGGACUCCCAGGAGGCGGAGCCUGUAGCCAUGGAGACGGAUGAGGCCACACCCUCUGAGGAGCCCGUCGAGGGUUCUAAAGAAGGUGUUGUGUCGGAACCUGCGACCACUGUCAGCACGACGCCAACGCAGGCUGAACCAGAGGCUGCGACUCCCUCACUUCCCGUGGAGGAGCACAGGCCUGGCCAGUCUGAGGAGGACGAGGAGCCUCACCCGCAGGAGCAGGAGGAGGAGGUGGCCGUGGAGGAGGAAGAGGAGGAGCAGGAGGAGGCCACAUCGUCUGCGAAAGAGGAAGAGUGUGCGGUGGUGACGUCGGCGGUGACUAAUGAUGAAGACGAGGAUGACGAGGAGGUGGUGGUGCGGCGCGUGAAGAAGAAGCGGCGCGUGGACCCUCUGGAGGCCGAGGGCGGCUGUAGCGGCAGCCUGAAGCCCGAGCUGCUCCUGCUGGGGGAGGCCUCCAACAUGAGCCACGGGGACGCCGCCGGAACCUUCCUGGACCACGAGUCCCACCACGGGGCGUCUGGUGGCGACGGUGACGGUGCCGACCCGGACUCGGAGAUGAGCAUGGUGCCGUCGGGCCGCCUGCGCUCGGACUCGCUGCUCACGGAGGAGACGGACGACUCGCUGCCCUACGACCCGCUCAAGCCCGAAGGGGUGAGGCGAAGAGGCUCGCCGGGACGAUCCCGCAUCAGACAGGGCCGGGGCAGCGGUUUCCCAGGGAGGAGGCGCCCUCGUGGUGGCGGCGGCACUGGACGGGGAAGGGGGCGCUCGCGGUUAAAAGCCAUGGCCUCCUGCAUCGAUGCCUUCCUGCUGAGUACACUGACCACAGACACUGGACCGAGCAAGGAAGAGGAGGAGGAGGAAGAUGACACCAUGCAGAACACCGUGGUGCUCUUUUCAAACACUGAUAAAUUUGUCCUGCUGCAGGACAUGUGUGUGGUGUGUGGCAGCUUCGGUAAGGGGACGGAAGGCCAGCUGCUGGCCUGUGCUCAGUGUGCCCAGUGUUACCAUCCAUACUGCGUCAACAGCAAGAUCACCAAGAUGAUGCUGCGUAAGGGCUGGCGGUGCCUGGAGUGCAUCGUGUGUGAGGUGUGUGGCAAGGCCUCGGACCCCGCGCGUCUGCUGCUCUGCGACGACUGUGACGUCAGCUACCACACCUACUGCCUGGACCCGCCCCUUACCACUGUGCCCAAAGGGGGCUGGAAGUGCAAGUGGUGUGUGUGCUGCAUGCAGUGUGGUGCCAGCUCCCCGGGGUUCCACUGCGAGUGGCAGAACAACUACACCCACUGCGGGCCGUGUGCCAGCCUGGUCACCUGCCCCGUCUGCCGGGAGAACUUCAAGGAGGAGGAGCUGCUGCUCCAGUGCCAGCACUGUGACAGAUGGGUGCAUGCUGUAUGUGAAAGUCUGUACACUGAGGAUGAGGUGGAGGAGGCGUCUGACGAGGGUUUUGCCUGCACGGCCUGCAUCCCCUUUGUGCCCAAGCCUGUGGUGAUUUCCCCCAUGAUGUCGGCGUUUAAGAUCAAAGAGCCGGAGCCGCAGUUCUACCGUCUGGAGGGCGUGUGGCUGACUGAGUCGGGGAUGUCCCUGCUGCGCAGCCUCUCCAUGUCCCCCCUGCACAAGCGGAGGCAGCGGCGCUCCCGUCUGGGCGGCCUGUGUGGGGAGCUGGGCCACGACGGCCUGGAGCUCAAGGAGGUCGACGGGGACGACCCGGACGGCAAAGGUUGCGGAGACGCGAUGGAGUGCGAGCCAAAGGUGGAGGGUCUGGGCAGCCCCGAGAGGGAGGGAGGCGCGGAGAGGGAGGGCAUGGAGGGAGGCGCAGGACUGGAGGAGACGGAGGACAGCAAGAAGAGAAAGAGGAAACCCUACAGGCCAGGUAGAAGACUAGGCAUUGGAGGGUUCAUGGUCCGGCAGAGGAAGUGCCACACACGGCUGAAGAAGGGUCAUCUCGCCAUGCUGGCCGCCGAUACGGACGGGCUCUCGCACGAGGCCAAGUUUGAAGAAGCUCAUUGUUUUUUUUUAUCAGGUGCCCAUCCAGACACUCCCAUAGAAGGUCCUGACGCGAAGACAGGGGAUGGGGAGGGCGAGCAGGCUAAGAAGCGGCGGGGUCGCAAGAAGAGCAAGCUGGAGGACAUGUUUCCCGCUUACCUGCAGGAGGCUUUCUUUGGCAAGACCCUGUUGGAUCAGAGCAAGAAAGCGCUUCUGGUUCCCCCCGGCCAGAGACACGCUCAGGGCCUACUGCGACCCCCUCUGCCUGGGCAGGGGCCGCGACCUAUGCCUCUGGAGCCAGGGGCGGAGGUGAAGGACAGAAUGCUGGGUGCUGCUCAGCUGAAGCAGGAGGGAGGUGGAGGACAGUCAUCUCAGGGAGUCGGGACGGAGUCAAUGGGGCAGUCCUCUUUGCUCGAAGAUCAGGCCUCAUCGGGGACGCAAGACAAGGACAAGAGCGAAGGUCUUCCACAGGGAGUAGAGAGCCAGGACUCUGAGCAGUUCUUCCGCAAGGUACUGGGAGGAUCAGACGGGGCGACACUGGCCGGAGUGAAGACCGGAGAGGGAGACAAGCUCCCUCAGAGAGGACUUCUGCCAGGUGCCUCCCUGUCUGGAUCGCUGCCCUCAGCUGCUGUAAUGGACUCCUUUCCUGGUCUCAACCAAUCACCCUUCUUGGACAUGCGGGAUCGAGGAGGGCUGUUCAGCCCAGACCAAGGGGAGGAGAGUCCAUGGGCCACCCCCUCCACCCCGGCCACGCCAUCCACCCCCACCACCCCCACGGAGGCCGAGGGCGACGGCCUGUCCUACAACCAGCGCAGCCUGCAGCGGUGGGAGAAGGACGAGGAGCUGGGAGAGCUGUCCACCAUCUCCCCCGUGCUCUACGCCAACAUGAACUUCCCCACCCUUAAGCAGGAUUACCCAGAUUGGUCCAGUAGGUGUAAGCAGAUCAUGAAGAUCUGGAGAAAGGUAUCUGCUGCGGACAAGGGUCCUUUCUUGAAAAUGGCCAAAGACAACAGAGCUGCUCAGCGCAUCAAUAAAGCACAGAAGCAGGCAGAGAGUCAGGUGUGUCGGACGGUGAAGACGGAGCCUGGCGGUGGCGGUAGCGGUGGUGGGGGUCGAGUAAAAAGCGAGCGGCCCCAGCUCCACCUCCAGAUCCCCCCUCCCUCCGCCUCGGCCUCCACCUCCUCCCAGCCCAGCUCGGCCGAGAGCCCCUUCCCCUUCGCCGCCGACUCGGCCGCCUCCUCCUCCGCCUCCUUCUUCCCCGACCACCCCCUCAAGACGCCAGGCUCAGGCGGGGCUGCGGUGACGACGCCGGGGGCAGCGCCGACGGACCCCUUCGCCAAGCUGCCGUCUCACCAGUCCCCUCAUCAUCACCCUCACUCACAACACCCGCACUCCCAGCCCGGCACGCCCUCCUUCUCGCAGGCUUCCUCCAGCCCACUGCAGGCUGCUGCUUCUUCUUCUUCUACUUCUUCCUCAGGUUACCCCCACCCUGGCGUCCAGGGUGCCCCACCACACCACCCUCCCCAUCCACACUCGCACCCACACCCGCACCCGCACCCACAUCCAUCGCCUCUUCCUCAGGGACGGCCAGCCACCCUGGGCCCUCUCGACAUGCAGCCGGGCGUGGCUGCGUCGGCUCCGCCUGGUACCCUGCGGAGGGCUCAGCAGGUUGACCCAUUCUUCAGACCCCAGCAGCAGCAGCUGCAACAGCAACAGCAGGGCCACAUGUCUCAGCCUCAGCACCAUCCCCAUCCUCAUCCUCAUCCCCACUCCCAUCCCCACGCCCAGCCUCAGCACCAGGCAGCAGCCUCCUCUCAGGAACCCUUGUGCCCGCCCGAGAGCCCCCGAUCCCGGCCGAUGUCGCUGGGCGACUCUCCCCUCUUCUCCCCGACGCACAGCACCCAUUACGCGGACCCGUUCCGGAAUCAGCAGCAACAACAACAACAGCAGCAGCAGCAACAACAACAACAACAACAGCAGCAGGCGUCAGGGGUGGUGGCGACGGUGGGACGGCAGGAGUACGCCGCCUCGUCCCCGUCGUCUUCAGGCGUUCCCUCCUCUCCGGCGGGCAUGGGCCAGUACGGGGGCAUGAGCGCGGCCCCUUCCCCGCGGGCGUCUUCCGCCGGGGGCAUGCAGCAGCAGGGCACCGGCUCCCCCGCGGGGAUGCUGGACUCAGGGGACGGACUCUUCAAGGCGCCCAUGACCCCGCGCACCAUGCACCAAGGGGAACAGCAGCAGGGGGGUGGUGGUGGUGGUGGUGCUAUGCUCCACCCCGGUGCCUCUCCCAACCACCCGGCGGAGGGCUACAGGCUACAAUCCCCCUCUCAUGCCCCGUUCUCGGACCCUAACGCCCAGCAGCCUCCUCUCACUCCGCGUCCCCACUCUGGGGACGGCUCGUCUCCGCUUCCCCAGAGGCUCGCCAUACCCCCUCAACAACAGCAACAGCAGCAGGAGUCUCACCCGCGAGUGCCCUCCAGUCCGCAGUCUCAGGGCAGCUCCCAGUCCCCCCUCACACCCGGCGCCCUGUCCAACGACGCCUACUCUGUCCAGUCGCCGGCCACGCCUCGCUUCCAGUCCCCCGACCCGUACUCCCGACCUCCCUCGCGGCCCCAGUCCCGAGACCCCUUCGCCACGCUGCACAAGCCCCCUCGCCCUUCCUCCGCCGUGCCGGAGGGUGGUGGUGGCGGCGGCGGUGGUCAGAACUUCCGGGGCUCUCCUCACCCGAACCAACAAUCACCCAUGCCGCCCUGCUCGCCCUCCAUGGCCGACCCGCUCUCGGGGAAGCCUCAAGGGAUGCAGGCGUUCAGCCGGAGCCCGGGCGUUCCAGGGCCUCAUCCAAUGACCCAACAACAGCAACAACAGCAGGUACAGAUGCAACAACAGCAACAGGUGCGUAUUCCGUUUGGUGCCGACCCCCAGGCCCUGCAAGCACAGCUCCAACACCACCAACAACUCCAGCAGCAGCAGCAGCAACUCCAGCAGCAGCAACUCCAGCAGCAGCAACUCCAGCAGCAGCAGGGCCAGGUACCGGGCCAGGUACCGGUUCAGCCCAUGGGGCCAGACUUCCACCCCCGGAUGCCCAUGGCCAUGGCACCUGGAGGCCAGGACCCCAGCGGGGCUGUGCGGCCGCCCGACGCGCCCCAGGGGCCCCCCAUGCAGAGCCCGCAGCACAUGGCCGAGAUUCCAGCAGGACAGGACCCAGCGUUCAUCGGACUCAGCCCAGACAUGGACAAAAACAAACAGAAACAGAGGCUGAGGGAGUUCCUGAUCAGGCAGAAGUUGCAAAGAAGCUCUCGUCAGGAGAAGGAGGCCACGGCGGCAACAGCAGCGGCAGCAGCAGCAGCCGGCGUCCCAGGCUGGCCUGGUGGAGACAUGGCACAGUACCAGCAGCAGCAGGACAAGACCCAGCGGCCCCCACCACCAUACCCACAGGACCGUGCUGCGGUGGCGGCUGCGGCGGCUCAGGCGGCGGCUGCAGGGAAGCUGCCCCUCCCCCUCCCCAUGGGACCCUUGGACGACAAGCUGCUCAGACCAGGCAUGCCAGGAGCACCCACCAUGAUGGACCCCAAUGCUCUCAGACAACAAGUGCCUGGCAACCCCCAAGCGGUAUUCCAGCAGCGUCCUCCAUUCCCGCCCCAGUGGCAAGGCCAGGCCGCAGGCCCUCGACGCUUUCCCCAGCCAGGGAUGGAGGCCAUGGGCCCCAGGCACCAGCUUGGAGGCCCCGUCCCCGUCAACAGCCCAAUGGCCAUGCAGGCGAUGCAAGGCAUGCCUAACCCUAUGGGAAUGGUCCCUACGCCCGGAGUGGAGACGGUGCCGCAGCAACAGUGUGUGCCCGGCCCACCGACCCAGUUCAUAGAGCUGAGGCACAAUGCCCAAAGAAUGCCGCUCGGAGUCGGGCCGCAGAUGGUGCCGAGGGGAGUGCCGCAGGGGGUGCGUCCGAGACACCUAAUGCCCCAUCAGGCCAUGGCUGCCCAGUUGAUGCAACAACAGCAGCAGCAGCAGCAGCAGCAGCAGCAGCAGCAGCAGCAGCAGCAGCAGCAGCAGCUUCAGCAGCAGGCUGUGGUGCCUCAGGCAGUUCUGGAUGCACAGGCCAAGGGACUACAGCCAGGUGGCCUGGGGAUGCUGCUGACUCAACAACAACAACAACAACAGCAACAACAGCAACAGCAACAAGGUGCGGAGCUUCAGCAGAAGGCACAACAAGUCAAACCCCAAAUGCAGCCAGGAACUGCUGCUCCAGCUGGGAUGCAGAACCCUCCGCAGGUGGCUCCGGGAGCUGGAGCUGGGGUUGGCAGUGGCCAGCAAGCUGCAGCAGCUCCAGUGGACAGUGUCGACCUUCCAGAGGCAGUCCUGGAGGAUCCCUUUGCUCCCAAAGGACUUGGGGAUGCCACAGGCGACGCAGGGGUGGAGGAUGAGGAUGACCUUGCGACCUUGGAUCUGGACCCCGACAAGGGAGACGAUGACCUUGGUAACCUGGACAACCUGGAGACCGCCGACCCCCACCUGGACGAUCUGCUCAACAGCGACGAGUUUGACCUGCUGGCCUACACGGACCCCGAGCUCGACCAAGGCGAUCCCAAGGACGUCUUCUCUGACCAGCUGCGCUUGGUGGAGGCGGAAGGAGAGGGACCUACGUCGUCUGCCACCGCUGACAUCAAGGUGGAAGAAAAACCAAAGACCGGGAAGGAUACAACUUCCGGAAAUGCCCCGACCACAAAGACUGAAGGCUCUGCCGCCAGCGCUAAUGGUUCACAGUCGGAUUCGUCAGCCGAGGGUUCGGAUGCCUCGAGGCUGGCUUCCAUAAAACUGGAGGACAAAGAUGGUCUCUCUGAACUGCAGGAGCAUCCGAACCCUGCCAUCGUGAAAGAUGAAAUGGGCGAGGCUGUGUCUAUGCUGCUGGGUGGACCGACUCCAUCCACCAAACAGCCAGGUGGAGAAGGCCAAACGGCUUCUCUCAGCACAGUUCGACUAGGAGGGAUUCCCUUUCCGCUCCCCACUCCGGCAGAUCCGUUGUCCUUUCCGUCGGCAGCACCGCACCCAGACCUCGGCGACGAUCCUCUGAGUUCGCUACCCGACGGCAGUGGCCAGCACUCGCCAGCAGUGGAUCUGGACAAAGUGGAGAGCUCUCUGGAAGCCAGCGAGCUCCCCUUGUUGAUACAGGACCUUCUGGAACACGAGAAGAAGGAACUCCACAAGCAGCAGCAGCAACAGCAGCUCAACGCUCAACUCCAGCAAGGGGGGAUGGCUGGUCCUCUCCACCCGCAGCAACCUCCACCCCACGGGGCCGCUGGGCAGAUCCUCCUGCCCCCCCAUCAGCAGCGUCCUCCUCAGGGGCUGAUGCCUGGGCAGCCUGGCAUGGUGCCACGGCCGCCACACAUGAUGGCGCAGCAGCAGCAACAGCACAGAUUAAUAGGAGCCCCCAUGGCCCCUCCGGGGACACAUAUGGGCAUGGCACCACAGCAGGGCGUCCCCCCGGGCAUGCAUCCAGGAAUGAACCCACAACAGCAGCCGCCACAACCGCAGCAAAUGGUCAAACCCACUCUCGGCAAUAACUUCUUUCCAGACAAAGAUCUUGACAAAUUUGUGACCGAUGACAUCAUGGACCCCAUUGCGAAGGCGAAGAUGGUGGCACUGAAGGGCAUCAAGAGGGUGUUGCUCCAGGACCCCAUGGGCGGCCCUCCGGGCAUCAACAGGCAACAAGUGUCUCUCUUGGCCCAGAGAUUGGCAUCGGCUACGGGAGGAGGAGGAGACCCACAGGCCCAGUUUGCUGCUGGGUCCUCUAAGGAGGGAGAUGGAAGCGAUCCGACCCAGGCCAGGCCCAAUCCACCACAGUUUGUGCAGGGCAUCAUAAAUGACCCAGAGCAGCACCAGUAUGAGGAGUGGCUGUUGCACACUCAGCAGCUGCUGCAGAUGCAGCUGAAGUUCCUCGAGGAGCAGAUCGGCACGCACCGGAAAUCUCGCAAGGCUCUGUGUGCCAAGCAGCGCACCGCCAAGAAGGCCGGCCGAGAGUUCCCAGAGGCCGACGCGGAGAAGCUCAAGCUGGUCACUGAAGAGCAGAGCAAGAUACAGAAGCAGCUUGACCAGGUGAGAAAGCAGCAGAAGGAGCACACCAACCUGAUUGCCGAGUACCGCAGCAAGCAGCAGCAGCAUCAGUCCAGCUCAGGCCUCCUCCCAGCGGGACCCUCUGCCCCGAACCCCCAGGCUCUCGCCAAGAUGCCAGGACAGGUCAUGAUGGGCCCUCAGGGGCAACCCAUGAUGGGCCAACCACCCGGGUACGUGCCCCAGGGAGGCAUGCCGGUCAGGAUGCCUGGGCAGGGGCAGCCGUUUAUGGGUGGCCAGCCCCCGCACCCUGGGGCUAUGGGACCCGGUCAGCCUGGUGGUGCCCCCCCUGGAGGGUUCUUCCCCCAGGGGCAAGGGUUCCCCCAGGGCACAGACCCGCGGGUUCUUCAUGAACGGCAGCUUCAGCAGCACAGAAUGCAGAUGGCUCAGAAGCUCCAGCAGCAGCAGCAACACCAGCAGAUGAUGAUGGGUCAGCAGCAACAGCAGGCUGGCAUGCCGCCUCAGGCAGGCCAGCAGCCUGGCAUGAUGGCUCCGCAGCAGCCGGGCAUGGUACCACAAGCACAACCAGGGAUGAUGCCCAAUCCCAUGAUGGCACAACAGCCAGGGAUGAUGGCACAGAACCAGCCGGGCAUGAUGCAGACGCCUCAGGGUAUGAUGGCCAACCAGAUGGUGGGUCAGCCGCAGCAGAACCUCAUGGGCCAGCCGAUGCCACAACAGAACCAGAGCAUGAUGCCAGGACAGCCGGGUAUGGUUCCGGGCCAGAUGGUGCCACAGCAGCAGAGGAUGGCGGUACCACCGGGGAUGAUGGGUCAGCAGGGGUCAGUCGGACCGCAGCUGGCUCUUCGAGGACCGCAGGGUCCCCUCACGCCUCAGCAGCAGAGCCUGUUGGCCCAGCGAAUGCUCCUGCAGCAACAGCAGCAGAAGAAUCUGCAGCUACAGCAGCAGCAGCAGCAGCAGCAGCAGCAAGCUCAGCAGAGGCAGCAGACUCCACAGAGUCCGGCAACAACAGCGGAAGGUCAGAGAGUUGUAGGGACACCUCCGUCUGCAAAUGCCCAAACACCUGAAGGGAUGCAGCCAGGAGUUAGCCAGGAUAGCCAGUCCUCAGCCUCCUCCAAAGAGGGUGGUAUUCUCAGUCCCAAAACGCCUUCUCAGCCCGCCACACCUGGUCAGGUGCUGCAAGGCGAUGGGCAAGGAGCUGUAGCACAACAACAGCAACAAGGACCACAACAACAAAUGUCCCAAAGUCCUGCAUCUUCUGGAAUUCAGCAGCAACAGCAGCCUCAAGGUUUUGUAAACCAGCAAGGUGUCGCUCAACCACCACAACAGCAGCAGCAGGUGCCUCUGCAAAGACAAGGUUCUACCAACGGACAAGAUUUGGUCAAUAUCAAGCAAGAGGGUCAGCAGAUGUGCUUCAUGUCCCAGCAGCAGCAACAACCUCAGCAACAGCCACAACCGACACCGCAGCAACAGCAGGCUGGACAGGUGGCCAUGCAGCAGCCACAGGACGGGAUGACCCAGCAGCCUGAUGGCACUGUGCAACUGAUGAACCCAAUGGCUCAGACUCAUCCUGCCCAAACUCAACCAGGAAUGGCAUCCAUUCCCAUUGCACAACAACAGCAACAACAACAACAGCAGCAAGCCAUGUUGCUCCAACAGCAGCAGCAGCAGCAACAAAAGCAGGCCAUGAUGGGCCAGAUGGUCCCGGGGGUACCACCCCAGCAACAGCAGCAAGUCAUGGGCCCAAGGCCGCCCGGCGUUCCCAUCAGAACACCCAUCAACAUACAGGCCAUCAUCGCCCAGAACCCUCAGCUGCGCCACCUCACGCCUCAGCAGCAGAUCCAGCAGAUCCAGCAGAUGAUCGCUCAGCGGCAGAUGCAACACCAGCAGAACCAGAUGAUGAGGAUGCAACAGGCGGCAGCGGCCCAGGGUCAAGUUCCACCGGGUCAGAUGCAUCCGCAGGCCAUGCAGGGUCAGAUGCAGCAGGUGGGUCCACCUCGGAUGCCUGGCCAGUAUGCGAUGCCGGGCCAGCAGGUGAUGGCACCGCAGCAACAACCAGGUGUGAUGGGCCAGCCAGGUGUUCAGCAGUUCCAGCAGCCGGGCAUGAUUCCUCCACAGCAACAGCAGCAGCAGGUGUUGCAGCAGCAAGGCGUUCCUGGACAGUAUGGACUCACGGUCCAACAGCAACAACAACAGCAGAUGAUGCAGCAGCAGCAGCAGCAGCAGCAGAUGCUGCGAGGGCAGGUUCCCAUGCCUCGAGCAGCCAUGAUGGGGCAGAUCCGAGCGCCUAUGCAGGGCCAUGUGGUGAGGUCCAUGUCUCCGCAUCAGGCUCUGGGGCAGGGCUCCCCUGGGGACCCCAACGCACAGCAGCGGCAGGCCCUUAUGAUGCGCCAGACUCCUCCCUCUCAGGGGCACCCGUAUCAGCAGCCUAUGCAACAACAGCAGCAGCAGCAAAUGGCCACUGCCAUGAGUCCUUACCAGGCUUCACCCUCUCAUGUGGGCUCGCCAGCAAGCGUCACGGGGCAGAAGCAGGAGUCCGGCUCAAACAGUCCGGCCAGAGUGAGAUCAAACCCCAACACCCCUGGUAACAUGUCGUCUCCGGCCAGAGUGGACGGUGGAGCAGGUAAGAAUAGCCCGUUCAACCCGCUGUCGGCAUCAGCCUCCCCGUUACGCUCUCCUUUGACCAGGACCCCUCAAGACCAGUCGGGUCUCAAGUCUGAGCUCCAGGCUGCUGGCGGACAAACCACCCCACUGAACGGUCCCGUUCCCCCGGGUGCCGGAUCCAACGAUGGAGCCCUGUGUAAGAUGACCCUCCAGAACAUCAAGCAAGAGCCCAAAGAGGUGCAGUGUGACACGGACGGGUCGAGCGAGGCCCACGCUGGGCUGGUGAAACGAGAGGCGUCCGGCGAGCCCGUUAGUGGGUUCCCCAACGCCUCCGGAGGACCAGGGGGUGACCUACCCAGGACGGAGACGGGUCAGCAACUGCUGCAGAAGCUGCUGAGGACCAAGAACCUGCAGCUGGCGGCGUCCCAGAGGCCCUCAGAGGGCAUCCACAACGAGAUCAACGGACACAUCAACAGCAAGCUGGCCAUGCUGGAGCAGAAGCUGCAGGGCACGCCACGCAACAUGGAGGACCUGCAGUCGAUAACAAAGAAGCCUCCAGUGGUCAAAGCCAAGCGCAAUUACAAGGCGACAGGCGACAAGGCUCCAAACGCCAGGAAGAAGACCAAGAAGGACGAGGUUGGCAAAACGGAAGCCCUGAUGAAACAACUCAAACAGGGCCUGUCACUGCUGCCCCUGAUGGAGCCCUCCAUCACGGCCAGCUUGGAUCUCUUCGCCCCCUUUGGCAGCAGUCCAGCCAACGGCAAGGCCCAACUCAAGGGCUCCUUUGGGAGUGCCGUGCUCGACAACAUCCCAGACUAUUACUCUCAGCUCCUCACCAAGAACAACCUGAGUAAUCCACCAACUCCGCCGUCCUCCCUGCCCCCCACUCCACCACCCUCUGUGCAGCACAAGCUGCUGAACGGCGUGACGGCUGUGGAGGAGAUGGCGGAGGACAAGAAGGAGACCACAGAAACAUCAGAAAACACUAUCGAUUCUGUGUCUGAGGAAGUGAAGAGCGUCGACAUACUGGCAGCCCUGCCCACGCCACCUCACAACCAGAACGAGGACAUGAGAAUGGAGAGCGACGAUGACAGUGAUGCAUUCGAUGGCAUCGUGCCCGCCUCGUCUCCGGAGACGGAGAGUCAGCUGGGUGAAGACAACCCAAGGUUCCCUCUGCUGGAGCCCAAAGAGGAGGAGAGCGAGCGGGCCAUCUCACCCGUCAUACCCAUCAUCCCUCGCACCGCCAUACCUGUAUUCCCGGACACCAAGCCCUUUGAGAUGGUGGAUGGCAAGGUGGUGGCCACCGGCGCUCCAUGGGACAAAACCAAGAACAACAACGAGGUGUCCGUCACCUUCACGCUGUCCGCAGCUGCGGCCAAGAAUCUGGACACAGUGAUGGUGGCGGUGGCCCAGCUUUUGCAUAUGCGCAUCCCCAGCUCGUACGAGGUGACCUUCCCCCAGAGCCCGGGCCGGGCCGGUACCGCAGCCGGGCCCACUGUGGGGGCUGGUGGCAAGGGGCCAGACGCCUCUAAUCCAGGAGCUCUGUGCGUGAAGCCGAGUGCUGAUGGCAGCCAGGGAGCUGACUGGGUGAGGCAGUUUGACGUCACUCUGCCCGGGUGCACUCUCAAGAAGCAGAUCGACAUCCUCGCCCUCAUCAAACAGGAGUUCCCGGAGGAAGAGGACAGGCCUGCCCAGCACUGCUACACCACCAACGUGUCUGACCUGGACGUGCGGCACCUCCCCGUCUUCCCCGUGGAGGAAUCUCCACCUCCAUCCCCGUCCCCACCACCGCCCGUUGCCUCUCCACCCGCCAUCCUCGCCCCUGUCCCCGUCCAUGCUCCUGCCCCUGCCCCUGCCCCUGCUCCUGCUCCUGCUCCUGCUCCACCUCCGGGUCCACUACUCUCUCCAGCAGUCCCUGCCACACAGACACCCCCAGGUGCUGCAGACACAAAACCAACGUCCACCCCACCUGUGGAGACCUCUGCGGAGUCUGGACCUCCAGUGAAGCCCGGUUCUCCUGCGCCGCCAGCAGCCCUAGUGACCGCUGCUGAUGCCGUCAUCAAAACGGAACCGGAGCCAGAGGCCAUCACCGCCCCGCCUGAGCAGCCCUCAUCUGCCACUCCCGGUGGGGACGGGCCAUCUGCCGCGACCCCUACUCCUACUCCUACCCCUGCCCCUGCUGCCAUCACCUCCCCGGUGCCCAAGCAGGAGCCGUCCCCAUCGCCGCUGAUGUCCCCCACCCUGCCGCCCCACGCCACCUUCACCAUGGUGCUGUCCCCCAAGAUGAUGAAGCAGCGCUGCCGCCCCCUCUCUGGAGACGAGAUGGACAUAAAGCCGAAGCUGAAGAAGUGGAAGGGCCUGCGUUGGAAGCGUCUGAACGUGGUGAUCACCAUCCGCAAGGGCGGCUCCAAGAAGGAGAGCAGCCGCGAGGUCUCGGAGCUCAUGGAGUGGCUGCAGAUCACGCUGCGGCCCAACAAGAUGCCGCGCGACAAGCGCAAGUGCUGCUUCUGCCACGAGGAGGGCGACGGCGUCACCGACGGGCCCGCGCGCCUCCUCAACAUCGACGUGGACCUCUGGGUGCACCUCAACUGCGCCCUGUGGUCCACCGAGGUCUACGAGACGCAGGGCGGCGCGCUGAUGAACGUGGAGGUGGCGCUGAGGCGAGGUCUGCGGACGCGCUGCGCCUACUGCCAAACCAGCGGCGCCACCAGCAGCUGCAACCGCCUGCGCUGCCCCAAUGUCUACCACUUCGCCUGCGCCAUCCGCGCCCGCUGCAUGUUCUUCAAGGACAAGACCAUGCUGUGCACGCAGCACAAGCUGAAGGCCGCCAGCGAGGAGGAGCUCAGCACCUUCGCCGUGUUCCGCCGCGUCUACGUGGAGCGCGACGAGGUCAAGCAGAUCGCCAGCAUCCUGCAGCGCGGCGACCGCAUCCACCUGUUCCGCGUGGGCAGCCUGAUCUUCCACGCCGUGGGCCAGCUGCUGCCCUCCCAGAUGCCCCACUUCCACUCGCCCACCGCCCUCUUCCCCGUGGGCUACGAGGCCACCCGCAUCUACUGGAGCACACGCGUGCCCAACAAGCGCUGCCGCUACAAGUGCCGCAUCUCCGAGGCCGAGGGCAGGCCCAUGUUCGAGGUGCGCGUACUGGAGAGGGGGCAGGACGACCUGGGUUUUGCCGACGACACCCCUGACGGUAUCUGGGGUAAGGUGGUGCAGCGCGUGGCUAAGCUGCGGCAGGAGGCCGGCAUGCUGAAGCUCUUCACCGAGCACAUCAAGGGAGAGGAGAUGUACGGCCUACGCCUGCAUGCAGUCAUGCGCAUCACUGAAUCCCUGCCUGGCGUGGAGGCGUGUCAGGACUAUGUGUUCCGCUAUGGUCGCCACCCCCUGAUGGAGCUGCCCCUCAUGAUCAACCCCACCGGCUGCGCACGCUCCGAACCCAAGAUACUCACACACGGCAAGAGGCCCCACACCCUGAACAGCACGAGCAUGUCCAAGGCCUACCAGAGCACCUUCACUGGGGAGAUCAACACCCCCUACAGCAAGCAGUUUGUGCACUCCAAGUCCUCGCAGUACCGCCGUCUGAAGACGGAGUGGAAGAACAACGUGUACCUGGCCCGCUCGCGCAUCCAGGGCCUGGGGCUUUAUGCCGCCAAGGACCUGGAGAAACACACCAUGGUCAUCGAGUACAUCGGCACCAUCAUCCGCAACGAGGUGGCCAACCGCAGGGAGAAGGUCUACGAGGAGCAGAAUCGUGGCAUCUACAUGUUCCGCAUCAACAACGAUCAUGUGAUCGACGCAACCAUCACUGGUGGGCCAGCUCGCUAUGUGAACCACUCGUGUGCCCCCAACUGUGUUGCGGAGGUGGUGACCUUUGAUAAGGAGGACAAGAUCAUCAUCAUCUCCAGCCGCCGCAUCCCAAAGGGGGAGGAGCUGACGUACGACUAUCAGUUUGACUUUGAAGAUGAUCAGCACAAGAUCCCCUGCAGCUGUGGAGCGUGGAACUGCAGGAAGUGGAUGAACUAAACUAAACUCAACUCAACUCCAUUCGACUCAACUGAAGCAUGGUGGCGCAUCGGGAAUAAGGAAGGGUAAAGGGGUGUGGGAGGGGGGCAAGCAAACGCCUGCUGCCACUGCUGUUGCCACGCCAACCAACCAACCCCCGCAUUCCCCAUCACCUGGUAUAGUCCCAUUUCCCAAUCCCGGCCCACCCGGUCUCAUCUGACCCGAUCUGAUCUGACCUCGCCUACCUGCGCCAAAGCCUGUCGGACCCUCACUCACUCAUCACCCAGAUUCAUAAGCUGCCCUCAGAGCUCUGAGGCUGGGGGGCCAAGAGAAGACAAGAGACAAUAUGAUACUAGGAGACGAGACGAGGAGAGGAGAGGAGGGUGAAACUCCCGCCCCCUCUCCCACUGAAUUGACAAGACUUAGCAUUAGUCUACCCAGGAGCCAAAGUUCUGAAGGGAGGAUAUUUAACAUGCCCUUGGAAGACGCCACCUGUCUGCCCUGCCAUGGCAGACCUGGCAACAUGCUUGAAUAUAGAUUUUUAUUCGUUUAGUUUGUUGGUUUUCUUUCUGUUGUGUGACUCUUGGAAUAAACAAUAGCACCAAUACCACCAGUAACAGAAGAGAAAAACAAACCAAGAAGAGCCCCUUUUGCUUUGCCAAAAGCACCUCUCUCUCUCUCUCUCUCUCCUUCCUCUACUCUACUGCAAUCCCAUAAUAAGCUAGCUGACUUGACUCCAACUGACCGCCCCGGCUGGAAUCAAUCCUUUCUACUCUUACCAAAAGCCCCCUGAUUUUAAGAGAUCAUAUCAGUGCGUUUGUAGGGUUUUAGUAAUAAAUGGAGAGAAUGUUGAUUUUGAUUUUUUUUAAAAGCCAUUUCAAGACUAAAAGAAAACAAAAAAACAAUACUCAGAUAAACUAAGACUUUUUUCCCCAAGGGUUUUUUGGACCUAUUGUAUCUUUCUUCCUCGUUGGUCUGUCUUUUCUCCCACAACCACCACCACCACCACCUCCAUCCAAACCCUUCGCACCUCCUCUCCACCUCCUCCUCCUCCUCCUCCUCCUCCUCACCUCCCUGCCCUAACCCCCAGCGCAACGCUCACUCUCCCACGUUACACAUCAUCAAUGAAGAGAAAGAUCAACCAGGACUUCAGCAAGACAAUCUCGGAGGGGCUCCGCACAGAACUGUGUCUCUUUGUUUUCUUUUGAUGGAUCAGAUGCUAAGAAGAUAAUAUAAAAACAAAAGAAGAAAAAAAACCCUCAAAAACUUUAAAGAUUGAGAAGAUGCUAUUAUUUGACCUGUGGCUUCACAACAAGGCACCAGAUAAUGUUGUUGAUGAUAACGAUGAUUAUUGUUAUUAUUUAGUUUUAAUGGAGUUCAAAAGGUGGGUGUUGCUUAUAACCCCUUGUCUACCUCAUUGAGUUUGUGGGAAGUGACUGCUUUGUACAAAAAUAUAUAUAGAAAUGGUAAAACUGUUAAUAGUGCUACUGUGGCAAAAGGGGGGGAAGGUAGGAAUGUCUCUCAUGGUGAAAUGCCUUCUCGGAUAAGCAGGGAAAACUUUUAAAAAGCAGCAGAAGCUCUUGCUCCUCUUCUUUAGCUGUCUAUUUAGAAAUGCUUCUUUUAAACGUGCGUGCUGUUUUUUGAGAGAGGGAGGUUGCGGUUGUUUUUUUUGGCUUGCUUGCUUGCUUGGAUGGGAGUGUGCAUUCGUGGGUCACAUUUUCGCUAUCUAUUUAUCUCUUCUGAAGCCUGCACGUGGGCCACAGACCAGAAAUCAUGAAGCAUUAACUAAUAAUCAUGGUGUGGUGAGGGCGGCCAGAGGGAGAUGAAACUAACCCCUCCUGGACCAGCUCAUCACUUGUAGCUUAAACUUAAUCCAUUUGUUUUGCUUUUGCAACAAGAAAAUCUUAUUUAAUUUCUAAGCAAUCAUGCUAUUUUUUGUUGUUAAGUUAAAGACAAACAACUAGAGUGGAGUGUGUAAACGCACAAUAGAAAUAAAAAACGUAAGACUUGUCGCUAUAGGGGCGGAGCUAAUGAUGUGAAUGACAGGUUCCACAGCCUAUUGAAUCAUGGGUGCACUUUGAAGUUUUUGUUUUGUUUUUGUUUUCUCCUGCUCCUCUAGCUUUUUUAUUCUGAUCAUGGUUGAGCUAACCUCACUUGAGACUGUACUACCUGGCCACCUCGGGCUGGCUGGGUUUUUUGUGUAUUUGUGAUUUGCAAUGGCGAGUCUGCUUGUGAUGAUGAUGAUGAUGACGAUGAUGAUGAUGAUGGGUAACUGAUGAUGCAAGACUACUAUUGAGGUUGAGCGUGUGUUCUCCUGUUCUGAGGAACCAUCCCCCCCUGACCCUCCCCCACCCCCCACCCAGGCAUGUGGUGCCAUGUGCCCCAGCCCUUCCUCCUCUUCCUCCUCCUCCCUAUCCUGACUUGAUCCUACAGUAGGCCUCUUCCUCUUUACUAGCUGACUGUUGUAAACUUACUGUAGUGAGUCUUUCUCUGCCAUUAGCUACAGCUGGUGUGUGCCACCGUUGUGUGUGUUUGUGUGUUUCUUCUCCUUCCCUGUAUUGACUUUGGUAGUGGUGGCUAUGUUGAUACACACAUACACACACACAUACACACACACACACGCACACACACACACACACACACACACACACACAC